AUGAAUGAAGAAAUCGAUCAUCAUUUAGAAAUGCAAGAGACUAAUGCUAUGUUGCUUUAGUAAUUUGAAAAAGUGACAGAACAAUAAGAAGCAGAGACUCCAAAUAAAUAUUCUGAUCAUUCAGAUCCACCUUCGCCCACUAAAUAAAAAUCUAAAAAGAAGGAAAGAAUUGUUGAGAAGCUAUUAUAAAAUAGAGCAAAAUUCAAUGACAGGACAGCGUUAUUUAAUUUAAUCAACACUUUACAAAUGGUUAUAACUCUAUACAAUCUUAGCUCAAUUAUUAAUAUAGAAGGAUAAACAAAUUUAAAAUUUUAUGACACCACUCAGAUCUAUAGCUAUUAUGUUUGGAAUAAACAAGGAUUCUCUGUUUACUACUUGAUUAUCAUCUUGAUUAUGGUUCACAUUUUAAAAUUGUUAACAUGUUUGGUGGGUUAUUUUUGUGUUGUGCAAAAGAGUGAAAAACUGUUAACCAUCUUCAUGAUGUUAACUUUCACUUGUGUCAUCACUAGAGGAAUCAUAACUAUAUUAUUACUAAUAGAUUAUAGUUAGAUAGAACUCACCUAAUCAUAUAUAUACGGAGAUUCGGAUAAAGUAGCAUAAUCUUAAGGAGUGUAAUUUAUCAUAGUUUUGGUCCUUUUUGUUGCAGUAGAGAUAAUCAUGGGUUUGUAGAGUCUCUUAUUGGCAGGCUAGGCUAAGAAGAAAUAUAAAUCUAUGCGUAUCAACGAAAAGAAAAUUGCUGCUCAUUAUUCAAUUGCUUAUUAAAUCAUGUUAAGGUAAUUUGUAAUUUGAUUUGUUGUAUAAUAAAUAUCGAUAUUAUGUAUAUAAAAUAUUGGACAUUCAUAA